UAUAAAGAAGAGCAGCACGCGCAGGCGCGCACGUCGUCGGAGCUAGCUUGGCAACGACCGACCAUGGUGAUGGCGGAGCCGGAGGAGACCCCGAGACCCCAGAGGCCGUCGGCGGGCGGUGGCGCCGUCGCCGUCGAGCCGUCCCCGCCCGCGGCGGCGGCGCCUCGGCGGCUGACGGUGUGGUGCAAGUCGCUGGUGUUCCGCGGCGACGGGUACGCGGUGUUCGACGACGCGGACGGCCGGAUGGUGUUCCGCGUGGACAACUACGGCGUCGGCCCGGGAAGCAUGGCGCUCAUGGACCACGCCGGCCGCGUCCUCCUCACCGUCCGCCGCCGCCAACGCAAGAUUCUGAGCUUGAUGCCGGAGACAUGGGAGGUGUACAAUGGCGACGUCGACGACGACUCGAACUCGAACGACGGCCACAGUGAGCCGCACCUCAUGAUGAGAGCCAUCAAGGACCUGGGGAGGUCCAGCUGCACCGCCUCCGUGCUUGCCGUGGACGAGCCAGAACUCUACCGCCUGAGCUGGUCCCGGCAGGAGGAGUGGUCGAGGAUCCACCGUCGCAGCUCGACCAGCGACGAGACGCUCAUCGCCGAGGUGCGGCGGAAACGAGGGGGGCCAGAGAAGGCGACAUUGCUGGGCAAGGACGUGCUGUCGCUGGUGGUGCAGCCAGGGAUGGACCUUGCCAUCACCAUGGCCAUGCUCAUGAUCUCCAACUCGUACCGAUGACCCCGCCCCGCCCGAAUCGCCAGGCCAACAAAUGUUCAUGCAUAUAGAAGCUUCUAGAACAUUUCGGAGGUUGUAGAAGAAGCACGUCGGUAUACCUAUUGUAAAUCCCCAUAUUCUUUGGCAUUUCAUUUCAUUGUUGCAUUCAUCCUUCCAGAACAGUUGCAAUGUAAACCUUGCAGUGUUGCUGAAAUACUGAACGGGUCUGCUAGUCUGCUACCAUUUCAUCUAAGGCCACACACCAUGUUCCCAAUAGAGAUACCAAUAACAUGGGGAAGGUAGGCAAGCAACGCAAAGACGUGCACAGCACAACACUAGCCAAACAAACAUCACCAAGUGUUUACUUCCCAGGGCAAAACAACUCACAUGCUACAGCUAAUUUACAGAUCCUACAGAUUCUUCCUCCCCUUCUUGUGUGACGGGUUUGC